GAAACGCGUAAACACAAUAAAAAUAAAGCUAAAAAUCGCGACAAAUAAACGAGAUAACAAUAGACAUUCCACUUGUUCAACGUAAAUUAGUUUUGAUUUGUGUAUAAUAAAUCUAAACGCGGCGCCAACCAGUUAACACUCAGUUGAGAUACAACCGAGAAUCUCAGAGUUGUGCUAAAACAUUUAUAUAACAUUCGCUUAUCUAUUAAACAAAUACUCUGAAACAUGACUGGCUACAGCUCCAAGACCGACGUGGCUACGGCCAACGGCAAGCAGAAUGGCAGCGGCAACCAAACCGGGGAGAAUGGCACCAAACCCACGGAAUUCACGCCCCAGGGGAAUCACGCCAGCAGCGAAAACAAUAUUCAAUGCUCCCUAACGUCCGACGAGUUCCGGGCUGUGAAUUUGAUGCGCCAAGACAUGUAUCCCUAUGAGGUGAUCCAGGAGAUCGCUGACUUCAUUGUCAAGGGCUCCGGCAUCCGACCCAAAAUUGGCAUCAUCUGCGGCUCUGGACUUGGCUCUCUGGCCGAUAUCAUACAGAACCCCAAGGUCUUCGACUACGAGAAGAUCCCGAACUUCCCAGUUUCCACAGUGGAGGGACAUGCUGGCCGACUGGUCGUCGGCACCUUGGAGGGCGCCAACGUGAUGGCGAUGCAGGGCCGCUUCCACUUCUAUGAGGGCUACCCGCUGGCCAAGUGCUCGAUGCCGGUGCGCGUGAUGAAGCUCUGCGGCGUUGAGUAUCUGUUCGCUACGAAUGCGGCGGGCGGUAUUAACCCGAAGUACGCCGUUGGCGACAUUAUGCUGAUGCACGAUCAUGUCAACAUGCUGGGCUUUGCGGGCAACUCGCCGCUGCAGGGUCCCAAUGAUCCGCGCUUUGGGCCCCGCUUCCCCGCCCUGGUCAACUCGUACAACAAGGACCUGAUCAACAAGGCCAUCGAAAUCAGCAAAACCAUGGGCAUCGAGUCGAGUGUGCAUGUUGGCGUCUACUCUUGCCUGGGCGGACCCACCUACGAAACCAUUGCCGAGCUGAAGGCCCUCCGCAUGAUGGGCGUCGAUGCGGUCGGCAUGUCGACGGUGCACGAAGUGAUCACGGCCCGCCACUGCGACAUGAAGGUGUUCGCCUUCAGCCUGAUCACCAACAAGUGCGCCACCGAGUACAGCGACAAGAAGGACGACGAGGCCAGCCACGAUGAGGUGAUGGCCGUGGCCAAGAACAGGCAGAAGACCUGCUGCGAGCUCGUCUCUCGCCUUGUGGCCGAAAUUCAAAAGACAGCGUAGAC